CCCCCAUGUGGUGAAUCCCCUCUUGCAAUCCGGCAUCGCAUGGUGAUAGCUCACUUGUGGCCGUGUUAUGCGCCUCACUACAGCCCAAUGGCAAUGGGCGAGAUGAAUUGAUAUCUACCAUACCCUGCUUUGAUUUUAUCCCAACCCGCCCAAGCCCUCCCCGCUUCCGAGCAACCGCACAGAAUAUCGUCACCCACGCGAUCAACAAGUUCCAAUCUUGUUGCUCCUGCAUUGUCCCAUUCGUCCCCAGGCACCCCCAAUUGUCCCACUGCCACCAAUUUUCUUUGCGACAUCCCAUUCUUGCGCUGGGCUACUUGGCGCGUACAUACGUCUUCACCCUUGGUCUCCUCGGUUCAUCCCAACUCUACAUCCCGAGGAAGCCUAUAUGUUUGUUCCCGCUAGUCGUCGGGUUUUGCGCCCCAGCCUCUCUUCAUUCAAACCCGUCUUAAUUGCGACUAUGCGCAAAGUUACGCUUGCCGUUCUGACAACAAAAACCACAGGCACGGCAAACGUUACAUACCUACCGAAGAGGGGUCUACAUUUAGAUUGUACCUACCUUUACCGACUUACCGCAUCGGCAGCUUCAGACGGCACUGGUAGCCAUGCUGUAAAGCCAGAUGGGGAACAAUACCAGUCUGCCCAAGGCGGAGGAGGGUUAUGAAACGAACAACCACACCCUCGAACAAGAGCAAGACGAACCUCAACACCAUCAUCUUCCUAGCGACGACUUAACCUUCUCGAGCCAAAUCAAUAGCUCCAUCGGCCCCGCUUUCCUCCCGCCGCAACGUCGCAAUAAGGUCGAGUACUCGAGCUCACCUGCUUCGCGUCUACACAGCUCUCAAGCUCCAACGCCCAUUCCAAAACGCAAAAUGUCCAACUCGUCUCCAUACCAGUCUUCGCCUGCUUUCAAUUCAUCAGGAGAUCUUGCUGCCGAAUCUGGCCAACACGAGAAUUUCACACAUCUAUCAAAGAAGAAGAGGAAGAACAAGAAGCGACGAAGCUCAAAUUCCCAACCAUCCGAUGAAAAUUCACAAAAUAUAGCUCAGCAGCCGUCAACCGACCUCGGCUUUCAAGAAGAGCAUGACCACUCCGAGAUAAUUGAGGAUACCAAUAUGAUAGACGCCGAUAUCUCUGCUAGCGCCCAGGCGCGGAGUCAGCACAAGAAAGCAAGAAAAGAGAGUAAGCGCGCAGCAAGGCUGGCGAAACAGCAGGCUGAAGCCACCUCUACUGUGGAGCCUGACCAACAAGAGGAGAGCCGUUUUCGGGAUCUCUGGCUAUCUCAAGAAGCUGAUAUUGCUGCGAAACGCGAACAGGAAGAGGAGGGAGAUGAAGCCCACAUAAGAGAGAUCGCCAAGACUAACGGAACUAUUGAUCUCGUUGAGCCCGCUGAGCCUCAAGAUACCGUGUUGAGAAAGCGCAAGAGGAAUUCUCAGAUUCAAACCGAGCAUGAGUCACAUCAAGCUUCCAAGAAGAAGCGCAAGAAGUCCUAUUCUAAGACGGCAGACAUAGCAGUAGAAAAUAACGAAUACCCUCAGAAUGAUACUGUUGAGCGACUGGAACCAUCUCCUGACGGUGAGAUCCACUUUGAUGACCUGGCUGAGCAACUCUACUCUCGGCGUAAGAGAAGACAGCAUCACGAGCCUAUAGAGAUCGAGUCGAAACCAGCCGCUGAAGCCCAGCCACAGUUUGAAGAACCCAUCGAAGAUAUGGAUACCUAUCCCCGAAUCGAGAGCGAUUUAGUUGAAGCUGCAAUAGUUCACAAUACGGCUGACAGCGCGGUCGACAGCGAACUAGAGGAAGUGUACCGCGACGAUGACAUAGACGAAGACUAUAGGGAUGGAAAUGCCGACAGUCACGCCGAAACCACUGCGGAAACACUAAAUACACAUCACGGGAUCACUACACGCAGACACAACGCUUUUCUCGGGGCUUCUCAGGAGCCAAGCAAUACUGUUCGCAGUGCAGAGUUCGUUACUGGUGUUUUGCAAGGCGAACUACCUGAUCAUCAACAAGGGAAUGGGACAGUUCUGAACGGAAGGGUUGCGCCGAGUGAUAAUCGUGCUUUAAUUUAUGAUAUUGAAGUACCGUCCUCACUGCCACUCCCGACUGGUACUGGCGACUCUGGCACAAAAGGGUCUAAGCGCCGUGCAAGCAUUAAGACUAGUACUGGACGGAAGCGUGUCGUGAAGCCAGACUUUUUCAGCCGCCUGGUAGAAGAAGACAUUGGCGAUGACACUGACUCUCAAUCGCCUUCUACUGCCGCAAGGUCACGCAAGAUUGAUAAAGGCAAAGGCAAACAGAUAGCUGCUUCGGAGGACGAGGGACAAGCCGGCCCGUCUAGUGUCAACGGGAAGUCUAGGCCGCCUAAGAUCUCAAGCAUGCUCACUGAUGGACCGUAUUCCGAUGCCGAUGGUAUUGCUGUGACGCCAUCAAACAACAGCGUUAUUCGUUUGCGAUGGCCUAAGUCUCCGGCCACGUUGUCUGGAGCCUUCACUGACUUCGAAAUCCGCAAUCUUAGCCAAGCUAUUGAGCGAUUUAGGGAUGACCAUGGGAUGACUCAGCACCAAGUCAAUGAAUUAAUCCAUGGCAAUCCGAAAGAACCCAGGGCGGGUGAUUUAUGGGAGAAUAUCACAGCAACCUGCCCUGGCCGAAGUCGACAGAAGGUUAUCAAUCAAACUCGACGUAAAUUCCACAACUUUGUGGCACGUGGGACAUGGACCGCAGAGCAAGAGCAAGAACUCAGGGAAAUGUAUGAACAGUACGGAAACAAAUACGCUCAGAUAGGUCACUUCAUCAAUCGUCAUCCUGAGGAUGUCCGGGACCGUAUUAGAAACUAUAUCAUCUGUGGAGAUAAGCUGAAAAAGGACCAAUGGAGUCAGGAGGAAUCCGACAGGCUUGUGGCUAUCGUUGAACAAGCUAUUGAAGAGAUACGUAAACAGCGGGCUCGGCGAGGUAUGGACGAUAGUCGGCCAGUUGAGGAAGAUAUCAAUUGGCAAUUAGUGAGUCAAGGCAUGGACAGAACGCGUAGUCGCAUUCAAUGUAUAGCCAAAUGGAAGGCUAUCAAACCUCAACUCGCAGGUGGCGGCUUAGAUGGAGAGGCUAUGCCCAUCGAUCAAAUCAUACAGCAAGCUCGCGAAACAGCCACUACCAUGUCUUACCGCAAUCGCUCUCUCAUUAUCAAGGAAAUCCUCAAAUCCGGCGCUAAUGCGGAUAGCCGCAUUCCAUGGCUCAGGCUGCGCAAUGAGUUAGGCGGUCAAUGGACUAGGCCCCCUCUCAUGGUGGUCUGGUUUCGGCUACGGAGAACUCUGCCUAAUUGGCAGAGCCUGAAUGUGAAGGAGACGUGCACGCUCCUCAUGCAAAAAUUUCAACAUACUCAUAAGCUCGAGUAUUCUAAUGGGGAGGAGAAUGCCCUUGAUUUCGAUAUUGAGUAUCGUGAGAUUGAGUAUAGAAUUAGGAAGGGCCGGAAAACCAAUCUAACGCCUAAAAGUGCGGCGUUCAUAAGCAACGCCAGUGGCGACGAGGAUAAUGAGGCGGCAGAAGACGUGGAAGAGGGUAUGGUUGGUGACCAGCUUGACGCAUCCAACGAUGAGGGAGCCGAACAAUCCGAGACCAAGGCAUCACGUGAAAAUCGCCAUAGUAGCGUUGAUCUGAGUGUUGGCGUCAAGGAGCGAGAAGUGGCAGACUCCGAACCCGAAACUCAGACUCGAAGCCGCCCCCGCCGGCGCCGUGGUCAAUCAGGAGGUCGUCGAUUCAAGUUACAAGAUUUCCAACAAGAUGAUAUCGAUGACCAGAGCAGCGACACAAAUGCCAGCCAGGUUUCAAGUAUUCUUGCUCGUUGAUCAAUAUGCUGCCCCCUGCUAGGAGUUUACAGGCGUCUGGAUGUUUGUUACGAUUAGCUUAAUGUUGCUUUUAUGUGUUGAAAAAAACAGACUGCACUAUCCCUACGUGUCUACGGUUUUGAGAGAUGGAGAUGCGAUGCCCACGAUAGGGCAGUACCUCCACGCUGGAUAGGUCGGUAAGCCGCACAUUUCAUCCCCUAAGCGAGAGAAGAGUUACCAUGUACGAUCGCUCUAGGCAAAACGUAUCAUGUCACAAAUACAUUGUUGGGGUGACACGUUGGUUCAUCGGACUAGGCUGAUGUUGUCUUACACUAUAACCACUAUGAUGGUAGUCGAAGCUACCUGCGUCCUUUACCCUGUAUAUUUGUUGGCUUCCAUUGCUAUAUAUGUUUGUCAUGAGAUUAUAUCCAAUGCACAGCUUGGACAUGAAGCCCAAAAGACCGUCUGAAUACCGUG